AUCUCGCGAGAGUUGAGAAACAAAAUGGCGGCGCCGGGUAGGGAGGAGGCGGCUGUGGGGCCUGCGUCGGGCCCGGGGCAGGUCACCAGCAACGGAGCAGGGGAAGCGGCGGCGGGGGAGACACAGCGGCAGCAGCCGGCGCCCAACGCUUGGCAGGUGCUGAAGGGGGUUUUGUUCAGGAUCUUCAUCAUCUGGGCCAUCAGCAGCUGGUUCCGCCGCGGGCCGGCGCCGCAGGAGCAGAACAGCGCGGGGGGGACACCAAGAGCCCCCAGCAGAAACCUCUUCCCCAAGGACACUUUAAUGGACCUUUAUGUUUAUAUCUCGGAGCACGAGCACUUUACAGACUUCAACGUCAGCUCCGCGCUGUUCUGGCAGAAACGGGACCUGGUUUAUGGGGACUGGACCAGCGGGGAGAACGCCGACGGGUGCUACGAACACUACGGGGAGGUGGACAUCUCACAGAGCGUCCAGCAGAACGGCUCCAUCUACAUCCACGUCUACUUCACCAAGAGCGGCUUCCACCCCGACCCGCGGCAGAAGAACCUCUACAGGCGCCUGGCCACGGUCCACACGUCGCGCAUGAUCAACAAAUACAAGCGGCGGCGGUUCCAGAAGACCAAGAACCUCCUGACGGGCGAGACGGAGGCGGACCCAGAGAUGAUCAAGAGGGCGGAAGAUUACGGACCCGUGGAGGUCAUCUCCCAUUGGCACCCCAACCUGACCAUCAACAUGGUGGACGACCACACGCCGUGGGUGAAGGGCAGCGUCCCGCCGCCCCUGGACCAAUACGUGAAGUUCGACGCCGUCAGCGGCGACUACUUCCCCAUCCUGUACUUCAACGACUACUGGAACCUGCAGAAGGAUUAUUUCCCCAUCAACGAGUCCCUGCGGCGCCUGCCCUUCCGUCUGUCCUUCUGCCCCCUGUCCCUGUGGCGCUGGCAGCUCUACGCGGCGCAGAGCACCAAGUCACCAUGGAACUUCCUGGGGGAGGAUCUGUACGAGCAGUCGGACGAGGAGCAGGACUCGGUGAAGGUGGCCCUCCUGGAGACCAACCCGUAUCUGCUGGCGCUCACCAUCAUUGUCUCCAUCGUGCACAGCGUCUUCGAGUUCCUGGCCUUCAAGAACGGUCCGUGAUGGGGGGAUAUGGGGAGA